CCACUACCCCCCCCCCACACCCCCCACACCCACAUGGCAUUGUCGGUACGGUUUCGUUCAACGUCGAAUUGUACCGAAUCGAGCCAUACCGUCCGAUUUUAAGCGGUAUGGCUUCGAACUGUGCCGAACCGUCCGGUUCGGUGCGGUUCGGGUAUUUUUCGAAAAAAAUGGCUGAAUCGGAUCGGCUGGCCGCCGGUCCGGUUUGGUACGCCCCGUACCGGGCGUUUCAGUCUGGUACGGCAUUCCUUGGAUGAAAGUACGAAGGAGACACUUGUAUGUUGUGGGGCUGGAAGUCAUAUGAAGGUGUUAUGAGGUGGACAUAUGAGAACUUUUUGGAGAUCAUCAAGUGGGACUCAAGAAUGGCUGUUGAUUGAAGAUAUACACUUUGCAAAAACAAAUAAGUAAACAAUAGAAUUAAUCUCAAAUAAAUGGAUAAAGCUUGUGGCUUAUGUUUAUUGCUAGGUAUAUCAAAUUCAUUGUACUAAAACUAAAAGUAUGAAGCACAAGUUGUUUCUGUCACAUGAAUUAUUAAUUUCAUGUCCAUUUCCACUUUUCACACUUAACAACAUUCCUCUUCUUGCUUGCCAUUCAAUAAUUGUUUACUUUAUUGCUCAGUGCCUCCUAUGGUGGUUCAUAAUGAUGAAUGGACAUGGGAAUACAUAUACCAUUGCUUGUAUAUUGAGAAGGCUUUCGAUAAUAUUGUCAUAUCUCCUGGACCAGGAUCUCCAACAUGUCAUAAAGAUGAAUAUGCCUUAAAAUACUUAGUGAGUGCAAGGAUAUUCCAAUCUUGGGUGUUUGUCUUGGCCACCAGGUUUUGCUAUAACAUUCUGGCCUUGGGAUUUGUACAUGGUGCUAAAAUUGUCCAUGCCCUUGAACCAAUUCACGGACGCCUCAGUGAAAUUGAUCACACAGGAUGUGAUCUUUUCAAAGAAAUUCCAUCAGGAAUGGAAUCUGGUUUUAAGGUUGUGAGGUAUCAUUCACUUGUAAUCGAUGCAGACUCACUUCCUGAGGAACUUAUUCCCAUAGCAUGGACUACUUCUGUGCAUACACUUUCUUUCCUGGGAACCCAACAAUCUGAUAUUAUCCUUGGUUCUUUUGGGGAUAAAGCGACUCUACAACCAAUAGGUUUUUUAGAUGGUAAGGUAAAGGAUAAAGGAAUAUCCACUAUUAACAACAAUGUUAAUGGCUUAAAGAGCACAAAAGUACUUAUGGGGGUCAUGCACUCUAACCAGCCUCAUUAUGGUGUGCAGUUUCAUCCUGAGAGUAUUGCUACUUCUCAUGGAAGGCAAAUAUUUAAGAACUUCAAAAAGAUGACAAUUGACCAUGGGUUGAGGACGUCACUGCUUCAUGAAAGAAAGGUUCACAAUAGUGGUAAACAGCAAAUGUUUUUAGUGUCUCAUGCAUGUCAAUCAUCAGAAUUUCCCAGGAGCAAGAUAUUACUUAACAAAUCAGACAUGACACACCACUUAGAUAUGUGCAAACCUCCAAUUUUUGCAUUUAAAAGCAUGGAGGUAAAGUAUGUAAGAAUGCAAUGGAAGAAGAUUGAGGGCUUAGCAAGUCAGGUAGGUGGGUCAGAAAACAUUUUCCGUCAGCUGUUUGGAGAUGAACAUGCUGAAGACACAUUUUGGUUAGAUAGCUCCUCAAAGGAUCAGAGCAGGGCACGCUUUUCUUUCAUGGGUGGUAAAGGGGGGUCUUUAUGGAAACAAAUAACAUUUAGGCUUUCUGAUCAAAUAUCUGAACACACUCGCCAUGAAGUUGGACACACAAGCAGGAAAACAACAAACAAUUUUGGAGGUUACUUAUCAAUUCAAGAUGGUUAUGGGUCAGUGCAUACAACAUUUCUCAAAGAAGGUCUAUUUGAUUUUCUGAACAAGGAACUACAAUCAUUUUGUUAUGACAAAAAGGAUUAUGAAGGGUUGCCAUUUGACUUCUGCGGUGGAUUCAUUGGCUUCAUUGGCAGGUACAAUCUUAAAGUUGAAUGUGGCGCAUCAUCUAACGGCCACAAAUCAACGACUCCAGAUGCUUGCUUCUUCUUUGCUGAUAACCUUGUAGUGAUUGAUCAUUGGAAUGGAGAUGUAUACAUUCUGUCCCUGUAUGAGACACACAGUUUUGAUACCAAAAUGGGAUCGUGUGAAAGCUUGAAAGAGAUAUCAUGGAUGGCUGAAACCGAGAAGAGGCUUAUCAGAUUAAAAGCUAGGGCUGUUAAAAAGCUCAACAUACAGAAGUCACCAUCUAGACCUUCUAACCAAAAUAAGGAUAACUUUGUUGUUGAUAAAUCAAAGAAUCAAUAUAUUGAUGACAUUGAGAAGUGUCUGAAGUUCAUUAGGGAUGGAGAAAGUUAUGAAUUGUGUUUAACAACACAAAUGAGAAAGAGGGUUGACAAAAUAGAUGCUCUGAGACUCUAUCUUAAUCUAAGAGGUCAAAAUCCAGCUCCAUAUGCUGCCUGGCUGAAUUUUACCAAGGAAAAUCUAUGCAUAUGCUGUUCAUCUCCUGAAAGGUUUCUGCGAUUGGAUGGGAAUGAUGUACUGGAGGCAAAGCCUAUUAAGGGUACUAUAACUCGUGGACGAACACCUGAGGAAGAUGAACAUCUCAGAUUACAACUGCAAUACAGUGAAAAAGACCAGGCUGAAAAUUUGAUGAUCGUAGACCUUCUAAGGAAUGAUCUUGGUCGGGUCUGUGAACCUGGCAGUGUUCAUGUGCCUCGUCUAAUGGAAGUGGAGUCAUAUGCGACUGUUCACACUUUGGUCAGUACCAUCCAGGGGAAGAGGAAAUCAAAUGUAAGCCCUAUUGAUUGUGUUAGAGCUGCCUUUCCAGGUGGCUCAAUGACUGGAGCACCAAAGCUAAGAUCAAUGGAACUUCUAGAUUCUCUAGAGAGCUGCUCAAGAGGAGUCUACUCAGGAUCCAUUGGAUUCUUCUCAUACAAUCAGACAUUUGAUCUGAACAUAGUAAUUAGGACUGUUGUUAUACACAAGGGAGAAGCUUCAAUAGGAGCUGGGGGGGCAAUCGUGGCAUUAUCAAACCCAGAAGAUGAGUAUGCUGAAAUGAUGUUAAAAUCAAAGGCCCCAAGGAAGGUUGUCGAAGAGUGCACCAGUGAACUGGAUUUUUGUGACAGCUCAUUCAAGAUGGUCUCAUGAUGUGGUGCUGGGACAUACUACAACUUUCACAAGAUAUCUUAUAUUUAACAAAUGUUAGCAAGUAUUUAAUUGAUUCUUUUCCCUGUGUCUGUAUUAAUAUCCCUGAUUGGGAGUGUUGCAUGGUGGUAAUAACUGAAUACGGAAGGCGCUGAGGAUGUUUUAUAGCUUUUUGUUUUUGUAUUAAUAUCCCUGAUUGGGAGUGUUACGGUGGUCAUAACUUAAUACGGGAGGCGCUGAGGAUGUUUUAUAUCUUUGAUACCAAAUAGUGUAACCUUAUGUUGUUUUGAGAAGUUGAUGAAAAUUUUUGUCUAGCAUACAUCUGUUAUAAUUUCCC